AUGGGCUUGUCCUUCUGGAAGCCACAGACUGCGGUCGAAGUGGCCAGCGACAGGUCCAACUACAACUCGGACAGCGAAAACUCGGUGAUCCACGAUGGAAAGUUGGCCUACGUCCGCUUCGCCGCCGGCAACGGCUCCGGGCCUUCGUACCAGGAGGCUGCCGGCGCUCCCGUGGAGUCCAAGUCGCCGCUUGGCUACCAUGUCAACUGGCUCACCGUCAUCUUCCUGAACAUCAACAUGAUGAUCGGAACCGGUAUCUUCUCCACUCCCGGAAACAUCCUCCGAAACACGGGCUCCGUCGGCUUGGCCCUGAUCUACUGGGUUAUUGGCUUCUUCAUGGCCGCUGCUGGCCUUGCCGUGUACCUCGAGCUUGCCAGUUACUUCCCGAACCGCAGCGGCGGUGAGGUCGUCUACCUCGAGCAGGCCUAUCCUCGUCCGAAGCACUUCUUCCCCGUUACCUUUGCCGUUCAGUCGAUCAUUCUGUCUUUCAGCAGCAGCAACGCCAUCGUCUUGUCGCGUUAUCUUUGGCGCAUCAUCGGUCGGGCCCCUACCGACUGGGAGAUGAAGGGUGUUGCCGUUGCCGCUUAUACCUUUGCUGUCAUCUGUGUCAUCGCCCACAACAAGUAUUCUCUCUGGGCGUCCAACGUUAUUGGUGCCCUCAAGAUCAUCACCCUCGUCUUCAUCAGUAUCACCGGUCUCGUCAUCCUCGGCGGCAAUGUCGACCGCGUUCCCGACCCCCACAGAAACUUCCGCAAUGCCUUUGACGGCACCACUCAGAACGGCAACGACUUGGCCAACUCGCUGGUCAGCAUCGUCUUCUCGUACUCGGGCUACUCCAACGCCUUCAACCUCGUCAAUGAGAUUCAGAACCCCAUUCCCACCCUGAGGAAGAACGCCUCCAUCUCGCUCGGCAUUGUCUUUGUGCUCUACUUCCUGUGCAACAUUGCGUACUUCUCGGCCGUGUCCAAGGCCGAGUUUGCUGCCUCGGGCGAGAUUGCGGCCGCCACCUUCUUCCGCACUGUCUUCGGCAAGGGUAGCGCUGAGCAGGCCUUGAACUUCCUCGUGCUGCUCAGUUCCUUCGGUAACCUGCUGGUCGUGCUCAUCGGGCAGUCUCGCUCCAUCCGCGAGAUCGGUCGUCAGGGCGUUCUCCCCUUCACCGAGUUCUGGGUGUCGACGCGCCCCUUUGGCACCCCUCUGGGUCCCUACCUCUUGAAAUGGGGCAUGACCUUUAUCAUGAUCGUCGCGCCCCCGGCCGGAGACGCCUUCACCUUUGUCGUCAGUCUGCAGACGUACCCGAGCGCCAUGUUCUUCGUCGCCAUGGUCCUCGGCGUCUACAUUAUCCGCAGGCGUCGUGCCCGCUCCAACCAGCCGCGUCCCGAGUUCAAGGCGUGGCACGUUGCUGUCAUUUUCUUCUUGCUCAUUCAGGUCUACCUCCUCGUCAUGCCGUGGUUCCCUCCCGAGGGAGGCAUCUACGCCGGAGACGUUAGCUUCUUCUAUGCGACGUACUGCCUUGUUGGUAUCGCCAUCAUGAUCGUCUGCGGCAUCUACUACUACGUCUGGAUGUACACCCUGCCCCAAUGGAAGGGCUACCGCAUCAGGACCGAGGUCCUCGAUGUUGAUGUCAGCGAAGACACUGGCGCCAACACGCACCGCCUUGUGCGGGUUCCCCUCGCCGAACUCGAUGAAUGGGAUCAGACCCACGACGAGACUGGCCGUCUGCGCCGCCGCCACGUGGCGUCCGGCAAUGCGGCCGGUUCCGACGACUCGCUGCAGGGUGACGAGAAGCACGCAGCGCAGAACCCGUCGUACGUCCAGGACGGGCCCAACGCGCCCAAGUCGUAG